GGGGUAUUAAUACAGAGAACUGCUUUUCCACCGACUUGAGACAAUGGCUGCUCCUCUUCCAGAAGAGUUAGUAUCCAUGCGCGGAGCUGGCUUCUAUAAUGUGAAUUCCCAGUGGCAGUACCGUGCCGUGAAAGAGUGCUCCAAGCUCCUACCAGUUUCAGUUCUUCAGGCUGAUUCCGAGAUCACCAUUGUUGACUACGGAAGCUCAGAAGGCCAUAAUGCCACGAUCUUUCUCUGGGAAUUGUUUAAGUACAUGCCUGCUGUGUCAAAGGCAACUAUAAUCUUUAAUGAUACCCCGGCGAACGAUUACAGCAGUCUUAUUUCGACGUUCUAUGCAAGCCCACUUGCCGCUUCUGAGCCCGGAAGUCCGAGGGUGCUUCCCUUACUGGCUCCCAGAAACUAUUAUCAUCAGGUCCUUCCAGAUAAUAUAGCUGACAUUGGAGUUUGUCUGACCUCUCUGCAUUGGGUCCGUUGCAUGCAACCGAUAAGGGAAACUCCGCUGGAAAGAUCCCACAUUGCAGCCUCCGCAAAGGAAGAUUUGACUUGCUUCCUCUCCAUGCGGCACAGGGAAAUACGCCACGAAGGGAUACUGAUCGUAUGCUUCCCGAUUGAAGCACAGCUGACACUUGACCCUGUCAUUCAGAUACUGAAAGAAGCUAUUUCCUGUGUGGCUGGACCCAUGGCGGGAUCAGUCUAUCAGUUCCCGGUUUACUUCAGGCCCAAGAAGGAGGUACAUGAAGUUCUUGACCAACUGAAUGAUCAAUGGGAGGUUAUCAAGGAAUUCGUCACACCAAAUGAGCAUCCUGCAUCAUCGCUGUUUCGAUUGAGUGAUAAAAAGGAUGCCGCAGCUCUGGAAAGCUGUGCCAAAGCUAUUUGUGAUUUUUUGAUCGCUGUUCUGAGCCAUUCCAUUGUGACGACUAUCCAAGCCUUUGGAAAGAACAUGGAAAGUGGUCUGGGGGAGCCGGACGAGGAAUCAUUUCAGCGCAUUUUGGACAAGGUCUCAAUGGCUUACAGGAGUCUUCUUCUUGACUUUGACUGGAACAUACCAAUUGGAACUGAUUUUAUUUACCUAAAGCUCAGAAGAAUAUAAUGGCAUACCUCACCACCGG